AUGCCUCAGCACCAUCAUGCCCAUGGCGAGGACUUCACUCGAGAUCUUGCGAACAUUGAUAGCAGCUCCGAUGCCACCGACUCGACAGAUUCUGACGGUGACGAGUCCAACAAUGAUACAGAUUUACUGCAAACAUGCGAGGAAAGUAUCGGGAAGGCUCUGAAGAAGAAUGCUCUUCUCAAGGCCACACUCUCAAAAGGCUGGAAGAUGAAGCUUACUAAUAAAGACCUUGCGCUUGCCGCUAAGGAAGAUAUCAUCAAGAACUAUGGGCGCAAGUUUUCUGUAACGCACUGCCUCUGGGUCGAGACCACCAUUUUUCCCUUGCGCGCACCACCUCCUAAUAUUGAUCUCACGAGCAAAGAGCGGGGGCUCUCUCCGAUGUCAAUUCAGGAUGGUGUUAAAGCCGAACUCUUUCGUUUCAUUCUGCCUGUGGACCAUGGCAUGAUGGCCCACAAGAACUUCGGUUCCCAUUUUGUCAAAGGCAUCAAUAGUGUUCGCGUGGAAAUGGUGUAG